AUGGUCCCUGUACAGUCUUUCACAGGUGGGCUGCUGGGCACAGGUGGGGCUGCUGGUCACAGGUGGGGCUGCUGGUCACAGGUGGGGCUGCUGGUCACAGGUGGGGCUGCUGGUCACAGGUGGGGCUGCUGGUCACAGGUGGGGCUGCUGGUCACAGGUGGGGCUGCUGGUCACAGGUGGGGCUGCUGGUCACAGGUGGGGUUGCUGGUGCUGGUGCUGGCGGCUGGCGCUGGUGCUGGUUCCUGGUGCUGGCAGCUGGCACUGGGGCUGGUUCCUGAUGCUGGCGGCUGGCGCUGGGGCUGGUUCCUGGUGCUGGCGGCUGGCGCUGGUGCUGGUUCCUGGUGCUGGCGGCUGGCACUGGGGCUGGUUCCUGGUGCUGGCGGCCGGCGCUGGGGCUGGUUCCUGGUGCUGGCGACUGGCGCUGGGGCUGGUUCCUGGUGCUGGCGGCUGGCGCUGGGGCUGGUUCCUGGUGCUGGCGGCUGGCGCUGGGGCUGGUUCCUGGUGCUGGCGGCUGGCGCUGGGGCUGGUUCCUGGUGCUGGCGGCUGGCGCUGGGGCUGGUUCCUGGUGCUGGCGGCUGGCGCUGGUGCUGGUUCCUGGUGCUGGCGGCUGGCGCUGGUGCUAGUUCCGCCGCCACUCCCAUCCCUUCUUCCCUCUCCCCCCCACAGCGACCGCCGGUGUGA